UUUAAUUUGUAGUUUUCGUAUGAAUCAAACUUAAUUUUAUAUUUUAGAUAAACAACGUACACUACAUAAUAAUUAAAUAAUGGCAUCCAAAGUAACAUUUAAAAUAACACUUACAUCAGAUCCUAAAUUACCGUUUAAAAUAUAAUCUGGAAGCCAUCGAUCAUUUGACAGAAACUAUCAAGAGAAAAAUGACUGAAAACGCAUCAGCAAAUAUAACGCAAAUUUUAACAUCAUUCGAUACAUUUGUAAAAAUCCUGGAAGACCCCGAAUGGAUUGUAACAGCAAAUACAGAAGAUAUAAAAACAACUUUCAAAUUGGGCACUUUUAUUGAAAAAACUGUAGAACAUUUUAAAUCCAUAAAAACUUUUAAUAGUUUUUUAUCUGUCUUGACUCAGUGGUGGCUAACUAAACAGAAAACCAAACAAUAUAGUGAACAAUUUUAUAGUGCUGCUUGUGAUGAACUGUUAUGCACAUUUUUCAGAUUCCCUGAUAUUAAUCAAAAUACUUUAGAAAUAGCUGUUAGAAUAUACACCAGUUUGUUUCCUAAAAAACGGUUUGAACUGGUUUUGACAAAGUUGUUUUCAGAUGCAGGGAAUAUAGAAGCAAUAAUGGAUUAUUUAAAAACUGUUGAUACAAAAAAUUUUGAAUAUUAUUUAAAAUUACAGUUGUGGGAUAAUCUAUUACAAGUUGGAGAGGAAAACCUGGUAAUAGAUGAAAUUAAAGAUAUACUCGCUCCUUACAAUGUGGAUCAGUAUUUAUAUAUUUUAAUAGGGAUUUUAACACUUAUUGAUAUAUCUGAUAGUGAGAAACUUAUCCAGGAUAUUAUUCUACAGCAUUUACUAAAAAAGAUGUCGGAAAGAAGCAUUUUAACUAAACAAUUAUGGUUCUGUUUGAUUAAGGAAAUCAACGAAACUGAUAUACGUUUAGUUUGUCUCAAUUUUAACGAAUUUUUUAAAUCUUAUUUGAAUUUUAUCGUUUAUAUUGGUGGAAUGAUGAUAAAAGUUGGAAAUAGAUGGAAAAGUGAUCCGAAUAUUAGUUUUUACCCUGAUAUAACGUAUGAUAAUAUAUUUUGUAAUUUGCAUAAUUUGAUUAAAUCAGAUAAAUUGAAUAGUGUGGUAGUUGAUAGAUUAUUAGAAGCAAAAGAUAACACUACGAACAUCUGGAAUCAGGUCCUUUUUGAAUUGAGUGAUACUUGAAUGUCUUUUUUCAUAUUAAAAAAAUCUCAUUAAAAAAUAUGUAGUAUGAAUUAUAAUCAUGUCUCCUUUUCUUACCACACCAUUAAUUUCCAUCUUGUAGAAUUUCAACAAAUAUGAAAUUCAAGAAAUCAAUUAUAAUCCAUUAAUUGUAAUGUUCUGAUUCAUUUAAACAGUUUUUAUUCAGAAAACGGUAGGGUGAAUUAACACACACGGUGUAACUUACUCACAUGAUUAUACCUAACACUUACACUAAACUAUCCACUAACACUAGUUUAUUUUUUUAAUAUCCUGAUGUGUUCACUAUGACAUCAAAUUAUUCACUGCCUCUCUCCGACUCAUUUGACAAGAUAUCUCAUUUUCUAGAAUAUUCGAUUUCCUGGAAAUCUUUAAUUUGCAGUAAACAAAGAGGUUUUCUUAAAAAUGUUUCUAUAAAAACAGUCACAACAAGUAACCCUGGAAGCUACAAAAAAUAUAAUAUAUAAUAUAACAUGCGCAUUCACCAAAAUUUAGGGUCUGUAUUCAGUGGAUGACUUAUCAGUCUUUUCAAGUUGUUUUGUUAAAAAAAUUGAAAUUAAAUACUUUUAUUACAUAA